GGCUCACUAAGAGUCAAAAAAAACUGUACGUGAACCAUAGCCAUUUAUGUACCAAUAACAAAAAAAACUGGAUUCUUGUCGUAAAUAGUGAACAUUGAACUGAAUCGUUAAAUGUAAACAUGGUUGGACGCAAUGCGAAGGCUUUAUCACACUUUCAUCGGCUUACAGAAUAUAUUGUACAAUGCAAACACUGUGACAAGACGCUGUCGUCUAAACACACAUCAUCAAAUCUGACGCGACAUCUAAUAAGGAAUCAUAAAUUAUUAGCGCGCGCUAUCUUUGCCGGCGACGAAGGCAAAAUGCUGGCGGAAUUAAGGGAGGAAUUGAAUGCCCCUUCGCCAGAACCGAAUGAACAAAUGCAUGAGACCAAAUCUGCUGUGCGCACCAUAAUGGACAAUCAGCAACAAGUGCAACAAGUAAGACAUGAGCAACAGAAUUCCCACACGGAUGUUCGUAACAAAGUUAUUGGGAAAAACAACAAGCUUUGGGCGCAUUUUGUGCGCAUAUCCGAGUUUAUGGCCAGGUGCAAACACUGUAGCAAAACGCUAUCGUCGAAGCACUCCUCGUCCAAUUUGAUGCGGCAUAUUAUUCGACGCCAUCACAAUCUGUCCAAGAAUUUGAGCUACUCCCAGCACAGCUUAGUAUCACCUAAGAAGGAGACAAUGGCGCCCGAAGAGCGCAGACAAGUGGAUCCACUAGAGAAGGUCGAUUUUGAUGAUGUAGACAGCAUUAUUGAGAAGGUCAACGAUAUAGUGGACGAUGAGGAACCCUUCUACGAAUAUGUCGUUGACAAUUCUGAUAUGAUGAUGCCCCGCAGCUGCGAUGAGGAACAAUCCACAGUGCAGCACUCCAUGGACCAAGGCUGCGACGCAAAUUCUUAUACAGAGACAACACAGCUGGACGAGAAGCUCAAGGCAGAAACUAUAUAUUAUAAUGAAAUGGCCGAUCUGGCAAGAGCCAAACGUCGAUUAGUCGAUUUGCAAACAAAGAAACUGCUGCUCGACAUGAAUGUAGUAGAAACCAAUUAAAUUAGGUCAAUUAAAGUUCUUCUGUUUUUUAAAUGAACAUUAUUAUUAAAAGAUCU